GCGAUGCCGCCAUUUUGGAGUCUUUCCUAAGGAGCCUGUGGGUUUUUUCGAGCUGCUCUUGCUGCUGCUGCUGCAGCUGCCUGCGGCCUUGUCGGGAGGGAUGAAUGUGAUAGACCACGUGCGGGACAUGGCGGCCGCGGGGCUGCACUCCAACGUGCGGCUCCUCAGCAGCCUCUUACUUACAAUGAGUAAUAACAACCCUGAGUUAUUCUCCCCAUCUCAGAAGUACCAGCUUUUGGUGUAUCAUGCAGAUUCUCUCUUUCAUGAUAAGGAAUAUCGGAAUGCUGUGAGUAAGUAUACCAUGGCUUUACAGCAGAAGAAAGCCCUAAGUAAAACUUCAAAAGUGAGGCCUUCAACUGGAAAUUCUGCAUCUACUCCGCAAAGUCAGUGUCUUCCGUCUGAAAUUGAAGUAAAAUACAAAAUGGCUGAAUGUUAUACAAUGCUAAAACAAGAUAAAGAUGCCAUUGCUAUACUUGAUGGGAUCCCUUCAAGACAGAGAACUCCCAAAAUAAACAUGAUGCUGGCAAACCUGUACAAGAAGGCUGGUCAGGAGCGCCCUUCAGUUACCAGCUACAAGGAAGUACUGAGGCAAUGCCCUUUAGCCCUGGAUGCCAUUCUAGGUUUGCUGUCCCUUUCUGUAAAAGGUGCAGAAGUGGCAUCAAUGACAAUGAAUGUGAUCCAAACUGUGCCUAACUUGGACUGGCUCUCUGUGUGGAUCAAAGCAUAUGCUUUUGUGCACAUUGGCGACAACUCGAGAGCAAUCAAUACCAUAUGUUCACUAGAGAAAAAAUCCUUAUUGCGAGAUAACGUGGACCUUCUGGGAAGCUUAGCAGAUCUGUACUUCAGAGCUGGAGACAAUAAAAACUCUGUCCUCAAGUUUGAACAGGCACAGAUGUUGGAUCCCUAUCUGAUAAAAGGAAUGGAUGUAUACGGGUACCUGCUUGCACGAGAAGGGCGGCUGGAGGAUGUGGAGAACCUUGGCUGCCGCCUUUUCAAUAUUUCUGAUCAGCAUGCAGAGCCGUGGGUGGUCUCUGGGUGUCAUAGCUUCUAUAGCAAACGCUAUUCCCGGGCUCUCUAUUUAGGAGCCAAGGCCAUUCAGCUGAAUAGUAAUAGUGUUCAAGCUUUGCUACUUAAGGGAGCAGCACUUAGGAACAUGGGCAGAGUCCAAGAAGCAAUAAUACAUUUUCGGGAGGCCAUACGUCUCGCACCAUGUCGCUUAGAUUGUUAUGAAGGUCUCAUUGAAUGUUACUUAGCCUCCAACAGUAUUCGGGAAGCAAUGGUGAUGGCCAACAACGUUUACAAAACUCUAGGUGCCAACGCACAGACCCUUACUCUUUUAGCCACUGUUUGUCUUGAAGACCCAGUGACACAGGAGAAAGCCAAAACUUUAUUAGAUAAAGCCCUGACCCAAAGGCCGGAUUACAUUAAGGCUGUGGUGAAAAAAGCAGAACUACUUAGCAGAGAACAGAAAUAUGAAGAUGGAAUUGCUUUGCUGAGAAAUGCACUGGCUAAUCAGAGUGACUGUGUCCUGCAUCGGAUCCUUGGAGAUUUCCUUGUAGCUGUCAAUGAGUAUCAGGAAGCAAUGGACCAGUAUAGUAUAGCACUAAGCAGACACUUGAGCACCACUCAUGUGCCUGGCAUCUCCGUGACCCCUGGGGAUGCUGCGUUUGCGGAAGCUGUCAGUCUCAGACGUGCAGACUGACUGUACCACAUGCUAAGGGCUUUCAUAGCAGUCUGUAGAAGUAAGGUGGGAGUCCAGAGGGCGGGGCCCUGGGUGUGGGGAAAAGCUAUUUGGAAGGCUUCAGAGAGGAGAAACUGGUACAAAUCUGAAUUUAUAUAAGUAGCAACAGAAUUCUUACAUGAGCUUUAGCUGUUUUUAGAAGCCCAGGAGCAAGGAAGAAAAAAUACCAGACUGUCAUUAGAGGUGGGAUUUAUUAGGGAUGAGGGAUGCCUGCUGACCUAGGUGAUGGUCACAAAAGCAAUAGGAAAAAUGGCUUAGGAUGCAAGUAAACAAAUGUUCUGGAACGUCUGAAUUUUGGGUGGGGCACAGGGUUGGCAUAUGUUGACUCUUAGCUCUAAGUGCUCGGGUAGCCUUUAGGAGUUUACAAAUGUGUUCCAUGGUAUAGUGUGAUGUUUUGUCUGACUACUGAAAUGCUGAUAUGUUUAACUAUAUUGUAAGAACAUGGAACAGUUAUACCCACAGAAUAAUAACUACUUUUUGUAACCUCAUAGCUCAAAAACCUAAUUUUCAGGGAAUCACGUUUAAAUUUGCCUGAUACUGUUUGCUUGCUAUUUUUUCAUUUAUGUUAUCUGGGAGCCUCCUCUAGCAGAAUGCUAGGGGUGAUAGGUGUGAAAGGUUUAAGAAAUUUGUGGAGAAAACUCAGAUUGAGAAUUCUAAAAAUUAGGAAAAGACACCUUUUUUCACUCACUUCUAAUGGUGGACUCCCUCGACCCAGCCUUGGAAGCCGGAGUUGUUUGGAGAGGCCAGGCUUUAGCAGUUUCUCUGUGACUGUGUGGUCAUUUCACUGCCGGGCCAGGGAGAUGACGAAUCAGCCAGCAAGAAACAACGCAGAGAUUCAGGCCUCUCCUUUGUUUUGUUGUCCCCUAGUUUGGACCCCAAUGACCAGAAGUCUCUAGAGGGGAUGCAGAAGAUGGAGAAGGAGGAGAGUCCCACGGAUGCCACUCAGGAGGAGGAUGUGGACGACAUGGAAGGGAGUGGGGAAGAAGGGGACCUGGAGGGCAGCGACAGUGAGGCAGCCCAAUGGGCUGACCAGGAGCAGUGGUUCGGCAUGCAAUGAGGGGCGGCUACUCCAAGGCCACACUGGCCAGCCCUGCUCUGAGCUCUUCCUGUGGACUGAAGGAACUGUAGGCGCCUGUUCUCAGGAGGACCAGGAUUCAGCAUGUGAUUGCAGCAAGGGUCUCCAUCCUCUUGCUCCCGAUUCCUAGUCAUGACUUCAUUUCUAAAACUGAGCCUGACCAGCCUUCCAUGUAUCUCCAUCCUCCCCUGCUCCAGUCAUGGAGGACUGUGGGAGCCCUGAGGCCUGCACACAUGCCUGGGCUUCUGGGCCAAGAGCACUUUUUAUAUAACUAACUUCUAAAUUGAAAAGCUCAAGGAAUAGAUGGUGUUUUGUCUGUGACACAGAUGGGUUCGAAGGAUUGACCCACCAUCCCAGAGUGAUAGCGUCAUCUCCCAAUUCCGACAGCAGCAUGGUCUGGCCCCAGAGGGCUUCCUGUUCCCAGAAGCCAUCAACCUGGUCUGUCCAGACUUCCCUAGUAACCGUGCUUUCCUUCUGCAAUGUUAGUAAUGCCUUAAGCUGAUGGUUGCUAUUUUGCAGAACAGUUUUCCUCUUUGCUAAACUGGUAACUUGUCUGAGCCUGGCUGAUCUCAGAAACAGGUGUGACAAGAGCAUGAACAGGCGUGGCUGGGGUGGUUCCCUAAUAAAACUGGUUUGUACCGUCA